AUGACCUACACAGUUGCAGAUAAAGUCUGCAAAAUGAUCAUUGACAGCGACAGUUGUGAGAAUGUAGUGUCCGAGGAGGUUGUCCAGAAAUUGCAGUUGAAGACAGACCGUCAUCCUAAGCCAUACAAGUUGUCAUGGCUAAAUAAAGGCAGUGAGGUAACAGUUGAUAGGCGAUGCCUCGUGCCUUUUUCAAUUGGUAGAAAAUAUUUCGAUAAUGCCUGGUGUGAUGUUGUGUCUAUGGAUGCGUUUCAUGUAUUGUUGGGUCGACCUUGGCAGUAUGACCACAGUGUCAUUCAUGAUGGAUGGAAGAAUACGUAUUCCCUUAACAUCAAGGGAAAAAAGAUUGUGUUGGUGCCUCGGCGGGAAGGACUCACUCCUACCCCGGAAGCCAAUAAUACUAACCUGCUUUCCAUGUCCAGGUUUUUAGAUGAGAUUGAGCAUGGAGACAUGGUCUAUGCUUUAUUACCUUGCAAGAAUAGUGCAGUAGAUGUGGAUACAGAUUUACCAGUAGAGGUGCAACGGCUGCUAGCAGAGUUCUCUAACUUGAUGCCAGAGGAUCUUCCUCCUAGGCUACCGCCUAUGAGGGAUAUUCAGCAUCAAAUGGACCUUGUUCCUGGGUCAAGUUUUCCAAAUCGACCAGCAUAUUGCCUCAUUCCUAAGGAGUCUGAAGAGUUGCAGCGACAGGUGGUAGAGUUGUUGGAGAGGGGCUAUAUCCGAGAGAGUAUGAGCCCAUGUGCCGUCCCUGCCCUGCUAGUGCCAAAGAAAGAUGGUUCUUAG